AUGCGUCAGUUUUUGGUACUUUGUCUGUCGCUGACAGUUGCUCUUGGUGCAGAACUCCCCGGUUUCAGGGGGUUCCCUAAGCGUGUGGUCGCUACAGCAACUGCUACAGCCUCUCCCUACAAUGCUGGUCAAUACAAUUCGGGAGCAUAUAACGCAGGGCAGUACAACUCUGGUGCAUACGACAACUCAGGUCGGUACGAUCCCAGCCGUGACCAGUCCGGCCGCUACGUACCUGACAAUUCUGGGGCUUACAACGGAGACCGCGGCGACCGCGGCGCAGGUGGUGGUUACUACUCUGGCUCCAGCGAUGCCGGCGGUCCCGGAGGUGCAUACGUACACCAAGCCAACCCCUACGUAGGAGGUGCUGGAUCUGCUGGGCGUGCUGGUAAAACUGUUGGAGUCGCCGCCGCAUCAGCGUCGUCAUUGUUCGGUGCUGGUGGUGCCGCAGGUGCAGGAAGUGCUGGAGCCAGAGCCGGAGUGAGUGGUUACAGUGGUUUGAGCGGAGCUUCAUCAUCAUCGGUAUCCUCUGGCGGUAGCUACGAUUACAAAUACGGCAUCAUCCGUAAAGAAGAAGACGUACUUCCUGAUGGUUAUCACUACUUGUACGAAACUGAAAACAAGAUCCUGGCUGAAGAGAACGGCAAGGUCGAGAGGAUCGAUAGCGAAAAUGAUGGUGUCCGAGCCAAGGGAUUCUAUGAGUACGUAGGCCCCGAUGGUGUAACCUAUAGAGUGGAUUACACCGCUGACGAAAAUGGAUUCGUUCCCGUUGGAGCUCACAUACCUCGUUAAAUCUAGUUCGAAAUAUACGCUUUAAUCUUGCCUAUAAUGAUAAGUUUAUCUGUUGUAAUAAAAUUCUUCCCGAUCUACUAUUAUUAUUUUAUUAGUCGUAAUUAAUAAAAGAUACU